AUGGCAAAUAACAAUUUGGUUCUCUUCCAAGUGCCUAGACUCAUGAAAGAAAAUUAUAGAAGUUGUUGUAUUCAUAUGGAAGCUCUACUUGGUUCACAAGAUGUAUGGGACAUUGUCAAUAAUGGUUAUGAAGAACCAGAAAGUGAUGCGACUUUAAAUCAAGCUCAACGAGAAGCUUUGCAAAAUACAAGAAAGAAAAACCAAAAGGUUCUCACCAUCAUUCAUCAAGCCAUCGAUGAUCCAAAUUUUGAGAAGAUUUUUGGAGCAAGUACUGCGCAUCAGGCAUGGCAAAUUUUAGGGAAUAAAUACAAAGGAGUAGAUCGAGUUAAGAAGAUUCACCUCCAAAAAUUGAGAGGUGAUUAUGAAUCACUACUUAUGAAGGUAUCUGAAUCGGUUUUAGAUUAUAUUUCAAGAUUGCUAGCAGUAGUAAAUGAAAUGAAAAGAUAUGGUGAGACGAUAGAUGAUGAGCAAGUGGUAGAAAAUAUACUUUGCUCAUUGGAUGAAAAAUUUAAUUUCAUCGUUGUAGCUAUUGAAGAAUCAAAGGAUUUGAGUAUAAUGUCCAUUGAUAAACUUAUGAGUUCCUUACAAGCCCAUGAAGAGAAGCUUCUCAAACAGAAGAAACAAACAACUGAGCAACUUUUUCAGUCAAAGUUGCUAAAGAAAACAAAGUGUUUGUAUCGACAAAUGCUACUUUUCUUAAAGAAGACCACGUAA